AAAACAUUUAUAAUUACAGUAUAAAAUGUAAUGAAUCACUAUACGGUAGUUUUUAACUUAGAAAAAAGUGAACAAACGAAUAUACAUAUAAGAAAUCUGUAUGUUAUUCAAAUCUAUCACAGUAUAAGGAACAUGGGAAGCUAUUACAACAUUAACUGAAAACGUUAUUGUUGUAUUGGAUUAAACUUGCUUAUAAUUUCAGGAUUGAAUUCAUUUCAAUAUGGGAUUAACAUGGCGUUUACGUUUAUCAUAUGCAAUUGGACAUGUUUUAAAUGAUUUGUGCGCAUCUGUAUGGUUUACAUAUACUUUGGUAUUUUUUAAAUUUGGCAUUGGUAUACCAACAAGUAUGGCUGGUUUAAUAAUACUCGUUGGCCAAUUGGUUGAUGGUUUGAUGACACCAGUAAUUGGUCUACUUUCGGACAGAUUUUCAUCUCAGUCAUCUGUACCGUUGUUAAUAUCUUCUUCUUCUUCCCACUCUUUGUCAGCAUCAUCAUCAGUUACACAUAAUAAUUUCAAUGAUCGUUUGCAUGAUUCUAAUGAACAUUUAGCCAAUCAUAAUAAAAACUACAUGUCUACAGACUCUUCUGAUGUUAUUCAUUCUACUGGUAAUAAUAAUAAUUCGUCUUUUUUCCAACGAUUCAACUCUGUUCUAAGAAGAUUUCGACCAUUUGGUCGUAAAAUAUGGCAUCUUUGCGGAAGUAUAUUAAUUAUUUUUUCAUUUCCUUUAAUAUUUGGUCCACCACUUGGUUCAUCCAAUAUUAGUACACUGGCGAAAAUGAUUUAUUAUUUACCAUUAGUGGCAAUUUUUCAAGCUGGAUGGGCUGCAGUUCAGAUUACUCACUUGGCAUUAAUCAAUGAAUUAUCCAUGGAAUCUAGUGAACGUACUUUAUUGACUUCCCUACGUUAUUUAUUCACAGUUCUUAGUAAUCUACUUGUUUAUAUUAGUACAUUUCUUCUUUUACAACAUCAACAUCAUGUUGAUAAUAAUAAUAAUAACAUUCGUAAUGAUGCUAGUAUUAAAAACUCAAUGAAUGAUAUGUUACCGUUGAGAAAACUGCUUAAUUACAAUGAAGUUGAAUAUAUUAUGUUACCUAUGGUAAUGACUUCACAUCCAUUAUCGAAAUGUUCAAAUUCCUCACUAUCUUCACCGUCCAUUAUUGAUUUUGGUAAAGAUGAUAUACCAGCUUUUCAAAAAUUAGGUUUUACAAUUAUUGGUGUUGGGGGAUUAACAAUGUUAUUAUUUCAUUUUGGAGUAAGAAAGAAAUAUUUUAUUCACAAUGUAAGACCUAUAACUAUUGUGGAUAAUCCUAAUCAUGAAUCUGUCAGUCAGAUAAAACAUCCUGCUUAUAUAAUUACUACAUGGAAAGAUUGGUUACGUUUACCAUUAUUUUGGAUUCUUGGCUUUUUCUACAUGUUUGUUAGACUAAUUGUCAAUGUAUCACAGGCUUAUUUAACAAUUUACCUUUUACAUUCAUUACGUUUACCUAAAGUUACAAUGGCUUUAGUUCCUUUAACAGUAUACCUGACAAGUAUUGCUACUACUAUGGUACAAAAACCAAUACAGGAUCUUAUCAGUCGUGAAACAAAUUCUGGAAUUGGAUUAAUUUUUGUCACAAUAUUUUGUAUAUUAGUUAAUUAUCCUGGUAAUCCACCAAUCAUUCAUCGUAUAUACAUUGCUGCUGGUAUACUUGGUAUCGGUUGUACUAUUAUAUUAAUUACAUCAUUAGCAAUGGUAUCAGAUUUAAUAGGAAAAUAUCAACAACAUGGUGCAUUUGUUUAUGGUUAUAUGUCAUUUACGGAUAAAUUAGCUAAUGGUAUUGUUAUACAAAUUAUUGAAUUAUUAUGGAAUGAAUGUUCAUCAUUAACAUAUUAUCAAAAUGUUGAAUCCUAUGGUAUUGGUACAUUUGUUCUAUGUCAAUUUAUUUUUUUAUGUUUAUAUAAAUGGCAAAAAAAUGUGUAUAUUACAAAUGGGAAUUCAAUUCAUGAACAUGUAUAAUUUUUUUAAUGAAUAUGAUCAUUGAAUUGGUUUGGUUUAGGAUUAGUUUAAUUUGGUUUAUGCAAUAUGUAUAUUCAUUAAAGAAUUUUAUAUUGAAUUGUUCAGUGAUUAUGAGUGUACUUAUUUUUACAACUCAUUUUUGACAAUUUGUCUUUCCUUUCCCAACCACUUCCUUCCUUUCUCUUCUCUCUCUCUCUCUCUCUCUAUCUCUCCUUCUUGUUGAAUUAUACUAAAAGGUAAAUUGGUUUUUGUAUGUAAUUUAAGUAAAAAAGGUAAUUCAAUAAGCAUUUUACUUAUGAACUUAUCAAUCAUCAUUAUAUCAUAAAAUACAUCAUUAAACUCAAUGGCUUAUGAACAGUAUCUUAUCUUGCUUUGAUAAUUUUGAUUUUGAUUAUUACCCUGAAGAAGUCCAGACAAGUUAGCUGGACGAAACGUUGGAAUUAUUUAAAUUUCAAUCGCUGAGAAUAUUUCAAAUAUAAUUUUCACAUAUAAUGACUUCUCUAUACUCGGCGCUCAAUUACUGUCAAACUAUUCGUUCUAAUCUUGACGAAUAUUCGUAUAAAGUAUCUUAUCUUGUUUGUUACAAACAGUAAUGAAUAAACUUUCUUUUUCCAAAUGAACAACUCAUUUCUUCUUUUGUUUUCUCCCAUCAUCGAUAAAGAAUACGUUCCAAUCAUUGGUUGAUUUGAUUUCAUAAUAAGAUGAAAUAUUGAAUUGUCCUAUUAAAUUGUAAACUCUGUAUUGUAAAUGAUCAUUUUUAUUUUUACUUAUUUCAAAAUUUAUGUUGAUUUAAUCUGUUAAAGGAUAUUAGUUUAAAUGAAGGAAAAAAAAGAAGGAAGCGGCAAUAAUCGAAGGAGUUCAUAACUGAAAACGACUAAUUCUUACAUAAUUUAUUGGAAUAAUUAAUCAUCUAUGUAAUUUUAUUUUCGUUUUAAUUUUACAACCAUUGAAUUACAAAUUGAUUACUAUUUCUUUCUUUGUUUGAACCAAUGAACUUAGAGGCAGCAUGUCAUGGAUUUUGACGCCAACUUCAUUUAUUAAUAUGAUCAUACAGCAUUUUGACACGAUAGCUAAUGUCAAUUCAUGAUGAAUACCCUAAAUUUAAUUCGUAACCCUGAUUUCUAACUAAAGAUCCUAAUCCUAAUUAUGACCACUUUUUAUUUUCAUAAACUGGGUAGAUAUUCUUGAGGUCAUUUAAGCAUCACUCAAAGGUCAUCCAUAAAUUAUAGUCUACCAUUCAUUCGAAGAGAAAAUAUCAAUUUAUAUAUAUGAUUGGAUUCUUUUAACAUUACUUGAUGUUUAAUAUGGAUUGAACUACUAAUUGCUAGUGUAUAUGUUAGAUGAGAGAAAUUAAAUAAAAAGAAAUGUAUUUUCAUUCCGCUUGUUUGCUUCAAAGAAAAAACCUUCAAUGGAAUAUUUAAUACAGUGAGAUAUUUAUUUUUUUUCUUCCAUAUUCCUCUUUUCUUUUAAAUAAGAUUUCCCUCCACAUUAAUUUUUCAUCGAUAUUAUCGUAUGUAUAUUUGAAAUUUAUUUCGUUUGUUCCAGUACGAAGUAAUCCCAGUAACAAUAAUGAUUGUGAGUAAGGUUCUUUUUGUUUCAAAAAAAGGGGAAAACUUUUUUUUACAUUAUGGUUGUUUGCCUACAAAUUUUUAAUGUAAAUCAUAUUUUAUGUCAUUUACAUUUUUUUUUAUUGUUUAAAUAAAUUUGCGGAAUUUUUUUCUAUUUUUAAAGAAAUUAAUGAUUGAAAACUAGUCGAUCUAUUAUGUUCAUUCUAAUUUGUUAUAUAUGAAAGAAUUCCAACCUAUCAAUAUUGUUACUAUAUUGAAUGGAACUUAUUCAAUGUUUAGACAAUAAAGGAUCGUACUGUUUUUUAUUGAAGAUGUUUGUGUUAUAUUCUACAAUCCAAUCUGGUAAUGAUACAUGCUUCUUAUAC